AUGUACUUCACCGACGACCAACUGUCCAACGAUCCAGAGCUGCGUCCCAAGGUCUGGCGUUCGAAAACCACCUUCGAGCACGAACGUCUCCUUCUCCUCAACGCAUUGGCCAGUAUCCUGCACGAAACAGCUGCACCUCCUACGACCAUGGUGCCCUCAUCCACCGCUGUCUCUUUGGUGUCCUCAUACUCCAACUCUCUGACUUCUACCACUCCAACAACCAUCGCUGUCGACUCUGACAAGACACCUCGUCCUACUUCCACAAUCUUCCCCGGCGCCUUCGCUUCAUCCAUCGCCUCAACUCCUCGCAGUGUCUCUUCAUUCUUCAACUUGCCUUUUGGCUCUUCCUCUCGCACCUCUGUCAAUAAUGCUUCUCCUGGUCUUGCACCUCACACACCCAUCGUCUUUUCCUCGCCCCAAACCGGUACUUUUGCCUUUGAGACUGCAAAUCCUUCUCCCACCAAAGUGGACUCGGUGAUGGGUAGUCCUAUCCGUUUUUCUNNUUCUCCCAGCAUCUUCAAGCGCAAAAACAAGAAAGUUGUCAAGAAGAUUACUGAGGAUGAGAAUGUUGCUGGCGCCACUAUCGAGGAAGAAAACAUUUUCUCGUACUUCAAGGCUGCUGCUGGCACCAACGACUCUGGAAACCAUACCAACAACUCUGACCGCGAAAUCAACAACUCUGAAAAUGAUGUCACCGACAACGAAAGCAAUAUCUGCAACGACGACAGCGAUAAAGAGACCGUCAAGGGUGUUUCCAGCAGCAGUAGCUUGGACAAACAGGGCAAAGAGUAUGUCGUCGAGGCUCUUGGUCUCGGUGCUGUCGCCGAACCUCAAUCUCUUGAGCAUCAGUUCCGCUUUGUCAAGAAGCAGAUCGAGACGGCCAGGGAGAAGUUCCUGUGCAGCAAGUUGUGA